GACCCCGUCACCGUCGUUCCCAUCCAAUUCCUCGCAGCCCGCGGUUUUUUUGUUUCCUUCUUUCCUUGCGACUGUGUUCAUUUGACAGUCGUUUUGCGGGUUCACGAUGAGGGUCAAUGGGCUCGUCCGCGCGAUGGGCUCGCUGCGGUGUGGCGUGAGGACGACGCAGAGCCUUGGGGGCGCGCGAGGUGCGUACAGCUGUGUGGCGACGACGACGACGAGGUGGAGAGGGGAUGGUAGCGAGGGGGGGUUGGAGGCGUGGAGGAGUAGGAGUGUGGGGACCGGGCAGAGGCGGUGGCAGAGUGGGGCGGCGGCUGCGGUGCUUGAUCAAGCCAUUGCGGAUCCUACUACCCUAUCGCAAUCGACGAUUAUAGAGAAUUUGGAUCCGUUGGAGUCGACGAGGUUGAGGAGGGUUAGGAAUAUUGGGAUUGCGGCACACAUCGACUCGGGCAAAACCACGGCAACGGAACGCGUCCUCUACUACACCGGCCGCAUCAACUCGAUUCACGAAGUUCGCGGAAAAGAUGCCGUGGGAGCCAAGAUGGAUAGUAUGGACCUUGAGCGUGAGAAGGGUAUCACCAUUCAAUCGGCGGCGACGUUCUGCGACUGGAUCAAGAAGGAAAACGGCAAGGAGGAGAAAUACCACAUAAAUCUGAUCGAUACGCCUGGACAUAUCGACUUUACGAUUGAGGUGGAGAGAGCUUUGCGGGUGCUGGAUGGCGCUGUCAUGAUUCUUUGCGCCGUCUCUGGUGUGCAGAGUCAAAGUAUCACCGUGGAUAGGCAGAUGAAGAGGUACAAUGUGCCCCGGAUAUCUUUUAUCAACAAGAUGGACCGCAUGGGCGCGAACCCGUGGAAGGCGGUCGAACAAAUCAACCACAAGCUCAGGAUACCGGCUGCGGCAGUUCAGGUGCCCAUUGGCCGUGAAGAUGGGUUCUUGGGUGUGGUCGACCUGAUUAGGAUGAAAGCUAUUUACAACGAGGGACCAAAGGGAGAGCAGAUCGUGGAGACAGAUGUGAUUCCUCCAGAUCUGGUGGAGCUGGCGAACGAAAAGAGGGCGAAGCUCAUCGAGACGCUGGCUGACGUGGACGAUGAAAUCGCGGAGAUUUUCCUCGAUGAGAGAGAACCGACCAACGAGCAGAUUAAGGCUGCUAUCCGGCGCGCGACUAUUGCGCUCAAAUUCAGUCCCGUGAUGAUGGGGUCAGCGUUGGCGGAUAAGUCGGUCCAACCUAUGCUGGAUGGUGUCUGCGAUUAUCUCCCAAAUCCCGCGGAGGUUGAGAAUAUGGCUUUGGAUAGGCGGCAAAAGGAAGCGCCAGUGAAGCUGGUCUCGUACAACUCGCUGCCGUUUGUGGGAUUGGCGUUCAAGCUAGAAGAAAGCAAUUUCGGACAGUUGACGUAUAUCCGAGUAUACCAAGGAACAUUGAAGAAGGGCAUGAUGGUGUUCAACGCCAGGUCAGACAAGAAGGUCAAGAUCCCGAAGAUUGUCCGCAUGCAUUCGAAUGAUAUGGAGGAGGUGCAGGAGAUUGGUGCAGGAGAAAUCUGCGCUGUGUUUGGUGUCGAUUGCGCGUCUGGUGAUACCUUCACUGAUGGCCAACUAGGAUACUCUAUGUCAUCGAUGUUCGUCCCCGAACCCGUCAUCUCUCUCUCCAUCAAGCCCAAGAACACCAAAGACACCCCCAACUUCUCCAAAGCCAUGAACCGCUUCCAGCGCGAGGAUCCCACCUUCCGCGUCCACGUCGACCCCGAAAGCCAGGAAACCAUCAUCUCCGGCAUGGGCGAACUCCAUCUCGACAUCUACGUCGAGCGCAUGCGCCGCGAGUACAAAGUCGAAUGCGAAACCGGCCAGCCGCAAGUCGCCUACCGCGAGACCGUCACCGAGCACGUCAAGUUCGACCACACGCUCAAGAAGCAAACCGGUGGCGCGGGUGACUUUGCUCGCGUCGUCGGCUUCAUGGAGCCUUCCGAAUCGCUCGCCGAAAACAAAUUCGAGGACCGCAUCGUCGGAGGCACGAUCUCAGAGAAGUUCUUGUACGCCUGCGAGAAAGGUUUCGACCUGUCCUGUCGCAACGGCCCUAUGCUCGGCCACCGCGUGCUGGGCACCAGCAUGAUCAUCAACGACGGCGCAACGCACAUGACCGAUUCCUCCGAAAUGGCCUUCAAGAUGGCCACCCAACAAGCCUUCCGGAAAGCCUUCUUGGCCGCCAAACCUCAAGUCCUCGAACCCCUUAUGAAAACCACCAUCACGGCCCCCAACGAGUUCCAAGGAAACAUCGUCGGCUUGUUGAAUAAGCGUAACGCGGUGAUUAAUGAUACGGAGAUCGGCCCCGAGGAUUUCACGCUCUACGCCGACUGCAGUUUGAACAGCAUGUUUGGGUUCUCGUCGCAGCUGCGGGCGGCGACGCAGGGCAAGGGCGAGUUCAGCAUGGAGUUUAGCCAUUACAACCCGGCGCCGCCGCAGCUGCAGCGAGAGUUGAUCACGAAGUAUGAGAAGGCGCAGAAGGAGAGGAAUAAGUAGAUGGGCGUUGGAGAAGUAAAAGCGAGGGGGUUUUUGAGCACUGUCUUUGUAGGUUUGGGAAUUGGGUUGCCGAUAUGCUGAUGGACUGGCGGAAGCCGAAGGAGCAUGUGUAAAAAAAAAAAGAGAGAGGUGGGUUUAAAGCUAUUCUCUGGGCUUGAGAGCGCUGUCGG